UUUUGUAUAAAAAAGAAAAAAAACCAAAAGAAAAAGAUUAUCAAUAAGCAAAAAUUAAUGUGUGUCAAUUGUUUCUAAUGAAAUUUUGUGAAUUGUUUGAAAAAUUGUAAACAAGUACAAACGAUGAUCAACGUGAUAUUUUGAAUUAUGUACACUUGAAAAUAUUUCAUUUGCAAAAUUUGUGGAUAUCUCUUUGACCAUCUUUUUCCAAUCAGACCAGAAAAAAGAAUAUAAUUAAAUAAAUAAAUAAAUAAAUAAUAAGAGUUGUAUUAAUUCAUCCAUGUGAGUCAAUAUGACACUGGAUAAUUUGAAGAAGUCUCGUAUGAUCAUUGUGACAGUAGUGUAUGUUAGUCUCUUCUUAGACAACGUGCUCCUUACGGUGGUCGUACCAAUCAUCCCGGACUAUCUUUGUUCACUCGAUGGAAAAAAUGGCACAAGUGGUAUCGAAGAUGAAAAUGGUAGAGUUGGUUUUUUACUUAGUUCAAAAGCAUUAGUCCAAUUGAUCCUAAAUCCAGCUGUUGGAAGUUUCACUGGUGCUUUUGGAUACGCAAGACCAUUGUUUUUGGGCAAUCUUUCUCUCCUAUUGGCUGCAUUGUUAUUUGCAUUUGGACAAACAUAUGAGAUACUUUUUUUGGCAAGAAGUAUACAAGGAAUAUCUUCAGCAUGCAUUGGUGUCUCUGGAAUGUCCUUGGUAGCUUCUCAAUAUCCUGAAGAGGAUAAAAGAUCAAAGAUCAUGGGAUUUGUUCUUGGAAGUAUUGCACUGGGUGUCCUUUUAGGAUAUCCAAUAGGUUCUGUUCUUUACGAUUUGGAAGGAAAAACGGCACCCUUUUUGUUGGUCUCCUCUUUCAUCGUCAUUUUGAUAUGUUUACAGAUAUUAACAUUGGACAUUCAAACUGACAUAGAAUCAUCGAAAAAUGAAACAAAUUGGAGAGAACUUUUGUCAGAUCCAUUUGUAAUCAUAAUCGCUGGUGCAAUUUGGUGUUCAACGUCACCAAUGGCGAUCCUGGAACCAUGUUUACCAAUUUGGUUACGUACCCACAUUAAACCUAAGAAAUGGCAAUUGGGAACGGUUUUUAUACCAGACAGUGUUGGAUAUUUAAUUGGAACGAACUUUUUUGGUAUGAUGGCGUAUCGUUAUGGACGCAGUAAAGUCGCCAUAUUGGCCAUGCUUCUCGUUGGCAUUUGCGCCAUUUUGAUACCGUCAGCAUUGACCAUGUCACAAUUAAUAUUUCCACAUUUUGGAAUGGGUUUGGGUAUUGGUAUUGCUGAUGCAGCAUUGGUACCAUUAUUGGCUAGUUUAGUUGAUCAAAAUGGAAAUUAUGGUCCCGUUUAUUCCAUCCAACAGGUUGCAGUUAGUCUUGCUUAUUUUUUAGGACCAAUCAUGGGUGGAGAGUUGGUAAGAGAAAUUGGAUUUAGAUGGGUCAUGAGGAUUAUAGGUGUUGCCAACAUAAUCUACUGUCCUAUACUUUUAUUUCUUGCUUUAAGAAAAAAAAGAUCUUUAUCGAAGGAGGAUAAAGAGAAGGAUUACGACACUUUUCAUAAAGGUCUCAUGAAAUACGAAAAGUUUCAAAACUUGGAUGACGAUCUUUGAUGAAAAUAUUCAACCUUAUAUACAGUAAAUUCAAUUUGAACAAUUUAUAUU